AUGGCCUCGGCCUCGUCGUCCUCGCCCCGGCCCGAGAAGAGGCGCUGGGGCUUGGGCCGCCUGUCGAGCGCCCGGCGGGGCAGCGCGGGCCCCGGUGCCAAGUGCCCCUUCCCGCUGGAGCUGGCCGAGGGCGGCCCGGCCACGGCGGGCAGCGCGCUCUACGCGCCCAUCGGGGUCCCCGCCGCGCCCCCCGGAGUGCCCGCGCCCCCCGAGAGGCCCCUCGCCAGCCUGGACCCACGCGUGUCCAUCUACAGCGCGCGGCGGCCGCUGCUCACGCGCACCCACGUCCAGGGCCGCGUCUACAACUUCCUCGAGCGCCCCACGGGCUGGAAAUGCUUCGCGUACCACUUCGCCGUCUUCCUCAUUGUCCUGGUCUGCCUCAUCUUCAGUGUGUUGUCCACCAUCGAGCAGUAUGUGGCAUUGGCUACUGGCACGCUCUUCUGGAUGGAAAUCGUCCUGGUGGUCUUCUUCGGUACCGAGUACGUGGUGCGGCUCUGGUCCGCCGGCUGCCGCAGCAAGUACGUUGGUCUCUGGGGCCGCCUGCGUUUCGCCCGCAAGCCCAUCUCCAUCAUUGACCUCAUCGUGGUGGUGGCCUCCAUGGUGGUUCUCUGCGUGGGCUCCAAGGGGCAGGUGUUUGCCACCUCGGCCAUCAGGGGAAUCCGCUUCCUGCAGAUUCUCAGGAUGCUGCACGUGGACCGGCAGGGCGGCACCUGGCGCCUUCUGGGCUCUGUGGUCUUCAUCCACCGGCAGGAGCUCAUCACCACGCUGUACAUCGGCUUCCUGGGCCUCAUCUUCUCCUCCUACUUCGUGUACCUGGCCGAGAAGGACGCCGUGAACGAGUCGGGCCGCGUGGAGUUCGGCAGCUACGCCGACGCCCUGUGGUGGGGUGUGGUGACGGUCACCACCAUCGGCUACGGGGACAAGGUGCCGCAGACAUGGGUCGGGAAGACCAUAGCCUCCUGCUUUUCCGUCUUUGCCAUCUCCUUCUUCGCGCUCCCUGCAGGGAUCCUGGGCUCCGGCUUCGCCCUGAAGGUGCAGCAGAAGCAAAGGCAGAAGCAUUUCAACCGGCAGAUCCCGGCCGCGGCCUCCCUCAUCCAGACGGCCUGGCGGUGCUAUGCGGCGGAGAAUCCGGACUCAGCCACCUGGAAGAUCUACGUCCGGCGGCCCGUCCGCAGCCCGGUGCUGCUGUCACCCAGCCCCAAGCCCAAGAAGUCUGUCAUGGUGAAGAAGAAAAAAUCCAAAUCGGAAAAGGACAACGGCCUGAGCCCUGGAGAGCGGGCGCUGGUGGUCCCCCAGAUCACGUGCGAGCUCGCACCCGAGGAGCGCAGACCCGUGCACUUUUCCGUGGGCGGUGACGACACGCCAGUCCGGCGGAGCCCCACCCUGCUGGAGGUGACCACCGCCCCGUUCCUGAGGACCAACAGCUUCGCCGAGGACCUGGACCUGGACCUGGAGGCCCUCCUCACGCCCAUCACCCAUGUGUCGCAGCUGCGUGAUCACCACCGUGUCACCAUCAGGGUGAUACGCCGUAUGCAGUACUUUGUGGCCAAGAAGAGGUUCCAGCAAGCCCGGAAGCCAUACGACGUGCGGGAUGUCAUCGAGCAGUACUCGCAGGGCCACCUCAACCUCAUGGUGCGCAUCAAAGAGCUGCAGAGGAGGCUGGACCAGUCCAUCGGGAAGCCUUCUCUCUUCAUCUCCGUCUCAGAGAAAAGCAAGGACCGCGGGAGCAACACGGUUGGCGCCAGGCUGAACCGGGUAGAGGACAAGUUGGUGCAGCUGGACCAGAGGCUGGUGCUCAUCACGGAAAUGCUCCACCAGCUGCUGAACCGGCACCAGGGGGGGCCUCCGAGUGAACACGGCCCCCCGGGAAGCGAGUCCCCUGCUGGACCCCCCUGCCGCAGCAGCUCCCUGCACCCCGAGAUCUACCUGCCCAGCAGCGCCCUCCCCACCUAUGAGCAGCUGACGGUGCCCCCUGGGGACCCCAGCCAGGCAUCCUGA